UCCUUCAAACCAAAGUUGGUCACAGUAAAACAGCUGAAUAUCGAGCUUUUCUUCCAUUGGCUACCCUGUUGCUGCUACCUUGCCUUGGAACAUACAUGUACUAGUGCCCUGAGACACACGGGCAAAUUCAGGACGUCAUGGCGGGUAUUGGGAGCGUAGUUCUCCGGCGAGCCAUGAGUACGGAGUCCAAGCGGAUGGUGGAUCGGUUCAUCCGCGUGGAUCACGCAGGGGAGGUUGGGGCAAACUAUAUCUACCGUGGACAGAUGGCAGUCCUGGGGAACACAGAGGUUGGCAGAGUAAUCCAGCGUAUGUGGGACCAGGAAAAGGAGCACAUGGCCAAGUUUGAGGAGCUGAUACCCCAGCACAGAGUCAGGCCCACUGUGUUGUUACCUAUAUGGAAUGUAGCAGGCUUUGUACUAGGUGCUGGCACUGCCCUAUUGGGUAAGGAAGGAGCCAUGGCAUGUACUGUAGCUGUGGAGGACAGCAUAGUGGAACACUACAACAGUCAGAUCAGAGCUCUCAUCGAGGACGACCCAGAAAAACACAAGGAACUCUUAGAAGUCAUCAAGAAGUUUCGGGACGAGGAACUGGAGCACCAUGAUAUGGGACUCGAGCAUGACGCAGAAGCUGCGCCUGCGUAUCAGACUUUGACUAAUGUGAUCAAAGGAGGGUGCAAGGCAGCCAUCUGGCUAUCAGAGAGGAUUUAGGAAGACUGUACAGUAGGGGUGGGUAUGGUGUACCUGUACAAAACCAUUUUUUUCCUUGUUGGAUGGGUCCGGAAAAAACAGACCUGAAAAAAACAACAGUGAACCGGAUUUUUGACCGAUUAGAAAUUGAACAGAUUAUACUGGCAGGCGUUCAUGUAUUUUGGGGCUUAUUGGUCCAAGAAAAUAACAAGAACAAAGCAGAGGAGAAAAUUCUCCUGGUCAUUCUUACCAAGUUUGUACAGUCAAACUUGGUCUAAGUUAACAGAGGUGUUAGUGUUUACAUGAAAAUAGGACUUCAAAACACCAGCAGAAGUCCGAUACUCCAUCCAACAGAAUCCUUUGUAAAUUGUAGUGACAUGGACCAUUGUUUUAAGUAUCGCCCAUUCACAAGUUUUCACAGACAAUUAGGACAAGGACCUGGACCUGAUCCUCUGGACCUCUGGUAGCUAAGCUGAGAUAGUAAUUAGUGAGUGUUGUAUGCAGUUGUUGAAAGACUAGUGUUAAGAAGAGACUCAUUGAUAGACCAGAAAUGGUCAUGUCACAUAUUAAAUGGCAAAGAAAAAAGAACAUUGAAGUAUUUAUUUCCUUCUUCAUGUAAGUGAUAUUCAAUUUUCUCACAUAGGAAAUUAUUGUUAUGAUGUACCACUUUGUAUUCCUGUUCAUAUAAGCAUUCAUGAGGUCAUAUUAAAACAUUUUUGGACUUA